AUGGCAAAUAACAUCGAAGAAACAAUAGAAGCCCACCUCAAAUCGUGUUAUUAUUUUUCUUUACAAGUUGAUGAAAGUACAGGCGUGUCGGAUAAUGCUAAUCUAAUGUGUUUUGUAACAUAUGAUCUUGGAAAUACUACUCACGAAGAGUUUUUGUUUUGUAUAUCGCUGCCAACAAGAACAACAGCAGAAGAAUUAUUUAAUUUAAUCAAUAGAUAUAUUGUUGAGAAUGGCAUUGAAUGA